AUGGCUUCCCUUUCGGCCUCCCGCUGGCAGCGCCUGCCGGCCCACAUGCCGUCCGCGCAGAGGAGGCAGCACCACCGCAGACCGCCCUGCAGGUCCCUGUUUGAUGGCACCGAGAGUAGCAGCAGCCACAGCAGCAGCCACGACAGCAGCCGCAGCGGCAACGGCGCCAGCCCGCCGCACGAUGGGCGGCCACAGCACACGUCUAUCACCCACCCGGUGCCCCUGUUUCCCGAGCCCCAGCCAUCGAUGAGGGGACCGCUGCUAGUGGAAACGCAGCCUGGCAUACCCACCUUUCAGCCCUUCAUCGCCGACACACCCUGCCCUCAUUGUGGCGGUCGCGGCAAGGUCACGUGUGGGGACUGCAGAGGCAAGGGCCGACUCAACUACCGAGCCACGGCGAUGCUGCCGCAAGGCGUGUGGCCCCAGUGGUGCCCCAGCUGCCGUGCCAGCGGGAGGUGGUGCUGCCCGCGAUGCAUGGGCACGGGGGUCAGGCGACAGCCCAUCGGCUUCCGAAUUCUGGAGGAGGAGCAGAGCCUGGGCCGGCGGAGCAUAAACUUCGAUUUUGCCUUUGGAGGAGUGACGGGGGGCCUCGCUGGAGGUCAUCUUAUGGGAGAAGCAGGAGCCGGAGGCAGUUUCACCCAGAUCAAGCGCGCCAUAAAGCAGCGGUACGCGGCCGACACGCGGCAGCAGGUCGAGGACAUGGAGGAGCGCGCCAGCCGGCGGCUCAGCUCGGCUGUGGAGAUGGCGCUGGAGGAGCCCAUCCCCGAGGAGCCAACCCUGGCCGAGGAGGUGGCCAAGCUGCCGCCCUGGCGCUCCACGAUCACGCCGCGGGCCCUGCUCAUCGGCGCCGUGCUGGGGGCCGCCUUCUCCAUCAUCUCCCUCAAGCUGGGCCUCACCACGGGCGUGAUCCCCUCGCUGAACAUCGCCGCCGGCCUGCUGGGAUACUUCUUCCUGGGCGGCCUGUCCAAGUUCCUGGCGGCGCUGAAGAUCGGCGGGCAGCCCAUGACCAGGCAGGAGGAUGUGGUUGUGCCCAGCCUGGGCCGCCUCAUUCCCUACAUGUUCUGCCUGGCCCUGUUUGGCAUCUUCAUGCUGGUGGGCCUGCGCAAGCAGCUGAUCCUGAAGUACCAGCUGCCGUAUCCCAGCGGUACCGCUACGGGCCUGAUGAUCAACUCGUUCUUCACUGCUGAUGGCGGCGCCGCCGCCAAGCGCCAGCUCAGCAGCAUGGGCAAAUGGUUCUCCUUCUCCUUCCUCUUCAGCUUCUGGAAGUGGUUCUUCACGGGCAACGGCGACUGCGGCACCGUGUCGGGCGGCUUUGGCGUGUUCCCCACCUUUGGCCUUCAGGCCCUGGACUGGACUUGGAACUUCGACUUUAGCCAAAACUAUGUGGGCGUGGGCAUGCUGUGCCCCCAGAUCGUGUCCUGGAGCAUCCUGUUUGGGGCCAUCAUCUCCUGGGGCCUCAUGUGGCCGCUGAUCAGCGAGCAGGAGGGCAACUGGUACCCGGCGGGCCUCUCCAGCACAGACUUCCGCGGCCUGUACGCGUACAAAGUGUUCAUCGCCAUCGCGGUGUUCAUCGCGGACGGCGUCUACAUCUGCAUCAAGCUGGGCAUCCUGAGCUACAUCAGCGUGAAGAAGCGGCGGCAGGCCGAGCGCGCCGCCGCGGAGCAGGUGGCCGAGAUCGAGCGGCGGCUCAGCAGUGUCACGGCCGCCGCGCCGCCGCCCGCUGGCGUGCGCCCGCCUGGUGCCGGGCCCGCUGCUGGCCAGGGGGAGGGCAAGGGGAAGGACUUGGUGGGGGAGGAUGGGGAGGAGGAGGAGGACGGCGGGCACAAGCUGAUGGCGGGGGAGAGCGAGUUUGAGCGCGCGCUCAGGCGCCACGUGUUUGUCAAGGACGAAAUCCCCUGGUGGGUGGGCCUGGCUGGGUAUGGUGCCAUGCUGGCGGUGGCGGUGGGCGUCAUUCCCGAGCUGUACGCCCCAGCCAAGUGGUACUACGUGCUCGUGGCCGGCUUCCUUGCCGCCCCGCUGGCCUUUGCCAACGCCUAUGGCGCAGGGCUGACCGAUUGGAACAUGGCAAGCCUGUAUGGCAAGCUCGCCAUCUUCUUGUUUGCCGCCUGGGCGGGCCUGGAUGCCGGCGGCGUCAUCACGGGCCUCGCCGUCUGCGGCGUCAUGUUUGCAUCGGUGGGAGCAGCCUCGGACCUGAUGCAGGACUUCAGGACCGGAUACCUGACGCUGUCCUCGCCCCGCGCCAUGUUUACUGCCCAGCUGGUGGGAGCGGUGAUGGGCUGCGUCAUCGCUCCUCUAUGCUUCUGGUUGUUCUGGAGCGCCUUUCCCAUCGGCGUGCCUGGGAGUCAGUACCCUGCGCCAUACGGCACCAUCUACCGCGGCAUGGCAAUCGUGGGAGUGGAGGGCGUCAGCGUUCUACCCACAAACUGCUUGGCCCUGUGCGGCGGCUUUGCCGGCAUCGCCAUCGUCUUUGACCUGAUGCGCGACUUCCUGCCUCACAAGUACGGCCGCCUCGUUCCGCUUCCUAUGUGCAUGGCGCUGCCCUUUUACCUUGGCGCCUGGCUCGCGGUGGACAUGAUCAUAGGAGCCAUCAUCAUGCUGGUGUGGCAGUGGGCCAACGCCGCCGAGUGCCAGCUGCUGUCGGCCGCGGUGGCGUCGGGGCUGAUUGCGGGCGACGGCAUCUGGACCAUCCCCGCCGCCAUCCUGGCCAUUGCCAACGUCAACCCGCCCAUGUGCAUGGGCUUUGCGCCCAAUGGCUGGACGGCCUCCAGCCCGUGAGCGGUAACCAGGAAGCCAUGCCUGCGUGCCCCUCCGUGUGUGGGCACAGGCCCACCCGCCAGCCUGAGAGCAGCUGAGCAGCUGGAGCAGGGACGUCUCCUCACCCGCUGCAUUAGGGCCCGCCCUCUCCGACGCUCAACAAAGUGAAGGAAAUCUACUAUACCUGGUCUUGCUGUCCCCUGCAUUGCAUUUUUUCUGAUUGGAGGAACAACACACACACACACACAGUCCAUGAACAGACUAUGCACUGCCUUCUUCGUGUGCCAUCCUGGGUUUGUAACAUCAGCCGACACGCUGGCAAG